AUGUUUUACUCCACUGCUUCUGUUCACGCUGAUUCGUCCGUUCACGAGACGUUCCUGGAGUGCCACUAUAACUGGGAGCUGUUGAUCUGGUGUGUGUCGCUGUCUCUGUACCUGCUGAGGUUCGUCACGCUGGGGUCCGAGACCAGCAAGAAGUACAGCAACACCUCCAUCUUACUGACCGAACAGAUUAAUUUGUACUUGAAAAUGGAGAAGAAACCAAAUAAGAAGGAAGAACUCACCCUGGUCAACAACGUCCUCAAACUGGCCACCAAAUUACUGAAGGAGCUGGACGCCCCGUUCCGCCUGUACGGGCUGACGAUGAAUCCUCUGCUGUACAACAUCACGCAGGUGGUGAUCCUGUCGGCCGUGUCAGGGGUCAUCAGUGACAUGCUGGGCUUCAACCUGAAGCUGUGGAAGAUCAAAUCCUGACGCGGCUCGAGGGAUUCUGCACCGAACACACACGACUCGUCCUGACCGUGACCUCUGACCCCGUUGUCAGGAGUGCUUGUGCAAUUCAGCUAUUUAUUUGAUCCUUUCAGUGUUUCUUUUUUAUCCUCAAGUGUUUGUUUUAGCUGUUACAGUUGUUUUAAGUAUUAUUUUAGCUCGGGAUGUGACGUUCUCAUUGGAAAGAGUCUCAAAGACUCAUUGUUUUGGAGUCUGAUAUUUAAGACUGACGUGAGUUACUGAAACCAGGAGUUUGAAGAUGAAAGACCCGUCAGGUCAAGGGUCAAGGGUGGCGAUGAACAGAUGAAACUGACACACACACGUUUAUAUUUUGAUCUGUUUUUCUGCUUUGCUCUGUGUUUAUAUUCUCAGAAGUGUCGGUGAGCUGAAACUGAUGCGUCUUCAGUAACUCAAACGAGUGUGUGUGUGUGUGUGUGUGUGUGUGUCAGCGGUUCGGAAAGCCUCAAGAUGUGCACUUUACAGCAGAAAAUGUUACAUGUUUCAGUCUAAAGCGUCUUGGCGUUGUGUUUUUGUUUGGGACGGAUGGUGUAACGACCAAAGUGUUUAUUUGCGUGUUUUGCUGAAUGUAUUCGAGACUCUUUGAUUGACAGUUUCUUUGUUGUGAGUUUGUUUUUGCCUGUUUUGGUUUUGAUUCGUAUAGAUCCAUAUUUCUGUUCAUGGAGGGAAAAUGUUCUGUUACAAAGAAACACUAUUUGAGGAAAUGUAAAACUCAAUCCUGUUUGUAGUGUAUGAUUGUCAAACGUUCCUUGUUUUCCACUGGCUGGUACGGCCAGACGUCACGAGACUGUCACUCACUGUACAAAUAAACCUCAUGAAAAGCG